UGAGCUCUCCUCGUCGCACAUCUCAACUUUACCGUCGACACCGCCGACACCGCCGUAACCAACGUGGUGGACGCCGGGGCACUUUGUGCGCUGCCCCCGGUCGGACACUUCCGAUCAGCUUCCGCACGGCAUUGUCACGGCACGUAUGCCAAUGUUGUGUUUCUAUCCGCACCGCCCACCUCCAAUAAAUACUUGGAAUUUCGCAUCCUCCGUGUUCUUCGCACUUUCUGGAUCGUCCAAUCUUGCAGAGUCGCGGCCCAUCGACACGUCUGCAACCUGUUCCAAUGAACACUAACGCAAAGUCUGCUGCCGCGACGGAGUCUCCUCUAUCCCCGACAAAGUCUUCUGAGCUGACCCACGCGCUUAUCUCUCCUCUCACACCAGAGGUGACUCCAACACCAGCGACCGCUCCUCUCCCUUCCGUCGACAUCUUCGAAUCCGAUCUGCCACCGCAGUCUGUGUGGGCUCGACGCAUCGCGUACAAUCGGUCUCGUGGGCUCUCUGUUUCCACGAUACGCGCUACUCCCGAUGGGAGUCAACCCGUGAACCGUAUAACAUCAAACCCUCUCCCUCAGAAAGCGUUUCCUUCGUUCUCUUCCUUGACCCUUGUGGAUAGCUAUGACCAGCCACCGCAAUCACGCGGCGUUUCAUCGAAGGGGCGUUCUGACAGUCCUCGACGCGGCGAUUGGGGCCUCACAUGGAGGAUUACUCAAGGAAGAUCCCAAACACCUCCUCAUGAGCCCCCAACAUCGUGGUGGAACGCUCGCGAGCCUAUCUCACGCCCUUGGGAAGACAAGCGGCACAAGUCAGUACCAUCUGAACAGACUGAGGGAUGGCUGCGGACGCGUCAGCGCGUCGCAGCAGCGGCUGUGAACGUUCUGGGCACUGCGGGGGAAGCGACCCAUGAAGUACUAGUUGUUAGCGUAGAAUUGUUGGAAUUCGCUCCUCUUCCUGGUCUCCAGGCUGCUGCACGAUCCCUACUCGAAAUUUGGGAUGCAUUGCAAAUGGUCGAGAUCAACCGCUCAGCGUGCCUGCGUCUGACUGAGCGAUGCGCAACAAUCCUCUUCUCUGUGCGAGAAGAUAUCGCUGAGGCUGGGGAUCAAGUGGGUCAGGAGUUACUGCAUCCCAUAGAGCGCUUGGUCGAUGCCUUCUCGGAGGUUCAUCGGCUGUUACAGAAGCAGAACCACAGACCGUUUAUCAAGCGCUAUCUAAACCGCGAGAAGAUUCAGAGGCACAUCGAGCGUUGUGACCGAGAACUUAACGAUGCGCUCAGGAUGUUCAAUCUCUCAAUUCAGGUUCGCAUCCUGAAACAGGUCUUGAAGGUUGAGGAACAGCAGCGCACAGACCACAUGGCCCUCCUCGAGAGACUUGCAGCUGGCCAGCUAUCCCCGCAGCCGAUCACUCUUUCAGCAUCUCCGGCCAACGCGCUCGAGCUCUCCGGCGCAGGCGAAGCCCCAAUCAAGUCCAUCGAUCAACUUCUGCUUGCUACCCCCGAGCAGAUCCGUGCUACGUUGCAGCAGGUCAUGGCGCAGCAGAACGAGCAGGAUCUCGCGAGCGACAUCGCCGAUAUGCGGCAGCUCAUGCGAAGCGCGUUGCAGGAGAACAACGACGUCGAGAUGAUCAGGGUGCUCCAAGUCGGACGUGACGAGAUGCCAGAGGCGAUCAAGGCUCUGCAGAGAGCACUAGAGGCCGAGACGAACCGCGAGAUGAUAGCGUCCGAGCUCGAGGAUACGGUGAUGGUCGCGUCCAUCAGUUCUGCUGCGGCAGGCGUCGGCGCGAACCUCACGCGGUCAAUGACGGUCGCGAGCGUAGAGAGUAAGCGGACUGCCAGCGAUCGCAGCAAUGGCUCGUACAGGAUGCCGCGUGAUACUCUUGACAGGGAAUUCAUGGAGAGCGGGAUCGAUGCACUCAGGCGCAUCAGCAUGGCGGACACUUCGUUGCCGAGCUGGGUCAUCACGCUCUAUGAGGUCGACAGGGACGAGAAGAUUGGGAUCGGGUUUUUCUCUGAUGUCUACAAGGGCACUUGGAAGGAGCACACUGUAGCCAUCAAAGUGCUCGCUGAAACUACCCCUCGCAAGCUGUUCAUCCAGGAGGUCAACAUCUGGAAGCAGCUUAAACACCCACAUGUUUUAGAGCUUCUCGGAGCAUCGUCGACGACCGCCGAUCCUCCAUGGUUCUUCGUCAGCCCCUACAUGAAGAACGGAAGUCUGGUGUCCUACCUCAAGGGAUUGCCGAGUCUGGAUGCUGUGGACGUUCUCAAGAUGACACAGGAGAUUGCAAAGGGCAUGAGCUACCUGCAUGGACAGGGCGUCUUGCAUGGUGAUCUGAAGGGAUCGAACGUCCUUGUGAAUGAUCGUGGCCACUGCGUUAUCACCGACUUCGGUCAAAGUGAGAUCAAAUCCGAGGUUUAUCGGAUUAGUGGGACGGCUCCUCCUCAUGGUACUCUUCGCUGGCAGGCGCCCGAGCUAAUGGCUGGUCAGGGUCUGUUGACCCAACAGAUUGACGUGUAUGCCUUUGGCAUGUGCUGCAUCGAGAUCCUCACGAAAGGUGGACUGCCAUGGCCACUGGCCGAUGACGAGGCUGUUCGUCACUUUGUACUCAGGGAGAACAAGAGGCCCGAGACCCCCGCGCUCCAGCGAGCAUGGCUCCCGUUCCUCGUCGAAAUCGUCCACAGUGCUUGGCAUUGGGAUCCGCAGCAACGGCCUUCAUUCACAAAGAUCGUCCGCGACAUUCAAAAGUUGCGCGAGCGGUAUUCUCCCGAUAUCAAGAGCUCUCCUUCUCCUCACUAUUUGCCAAUGUUGCUGUCUGAAGAGCAGGAAAGAAAGUCGCCGGACAUGCGCCCGGUACCGCUUCCUCCGCUGCCUCCGGAUACUACUGCCACUUUCAUCGAGGAGAACUCGUUUUCUCCCGAUGCGUCUUUCCACACUCCCAAUAACUCUUCAUUUCAUGUCAUGGAUUCUCCACCUCGUGCCUUUGAUUUUCCAUCUGAUGGUCUCGAUUUCAAUGAGCGGGACUGCGAAACGCGAUAUGAUGACUUGCCUUCGCCGCCAAUCCUUACUCGCUCAUCGUCUAUCAGCAGUCCUGACUCUCGCUCAGAGUUUGGGGUUAUGCUGGAUCCUCCUGGAUACUUGUCUCCACCGCCAAUCGACGAGACGCUAGCGGAAAUCGUCAAUGAGAGGCGAUACAGAAUGCUGUUGCAGCAUGAGUAUCAUCCAUCCCUUACGCUACCCUUGUGGACCCCGAUUCACGUUCCGUUGGGUGCGGUGGGAUACCUAUCGAGACCCUCGGGUACAUUCAUUCCGCUAUUCGAUGCUUUCAAGCCACUGGAGUCAUCGGACACUGCUACCGGCGCCAUGGCGUCACUUCAGGGUUAUGGAAACAUCCCGAUGGGUUCUUCUCGGAACGACAAGCGUGGCGUCGCUCGACGUGGGAUGGACAUGCUGCAUGCGUGGCUGGCAGCGAAGAGUGGCUCGUCAUCAGCCAUUGCCCGUCAAUAUUCGACGCCGUUGCGAGCGGGUCAUAAGACUGCCCAUCUAUUCACGGAGGCCACGGUGUAUAAUUACAUGAAAGACCUUGUGGCGGCGAAGAGGUGGUUCAAGGCGAACAUCGAUUGCAUUCUAAAGCUCUACGGUCCCGAGCACCAUCUGUCGCGGGAAGAUGUGAUUUUGGUGAUCGGCACGCUCGAUGCACAAGAUUAUGGCCUGUUCGUCAGCCACAGCCACCCAGAUGGGCAACUGCACUUCAAUGUAUAUUCUUCGCCCAAAGUUGGCCAAACCUGGGGCCACUUCUCCACGACGACCGACCCGUCGUCAUCGCUGGCCGCAGGGCCUGUGUAUGCGGAUGAGCCUCUGGAGAGCGAACGCAGCGCCAAGAAGGUCUCGUCGGUCGGACAUGGUGGUCCUUGGGACACUGUAUUGCUGGCGAGGUUGCGGUUCAAGACCGAUAGCGCAGAGCCGACGUCGCAGUGACCGCACAGCUAUUUGUUUCUGUUUUUACCCUUCACUCCAUCGGAUAUCAUACCCACCGCCCUGCGUAGAACAUUCCCUGUCGUUGCUGGGCAACAUUCUCACGCAUACCUACAUGUCACAUUAAAUACCAUUGCGCUCUGCAUUCGGCUACACCUAACUUAUGCAAUAGCUAUGGACGAACGGAAUGUGGAACACUUCUUCGCUUGUAGCAGUAGAAUUUAUCAAUACCAAUACAUCAAUGUAGUUGUGUGUAGGAAAUUCUGGCGGACAAGAAAUGUACAUGAGGCAAAGACAGC